UGAAAACAUGAUUUAUUUGACUACUAAUUUAAAUUAUAUUAUAUUGAUUACAUUAUUGAUAUAUCAAUUAUUUUAUAAUCAAUUUAUAUUAUGUGACAAUGGUUAUGAUUUGAACGGGAUGAAUUGUGGCAUUCAGGCGCCAUUUAAUUAUAUAGUAGGCGGUUUAACCCUCAGUACAAUGGAGUUCCCAUUCCUGGUCCUAAUCAAGUUUAUGGCCAGUACUGUAUGCGGCGGUACCAUCAUUAAUAACCAGUGGAUCAUAACGGCUGCCCAUUGUUUUAAUAAGCGUUUAAAUAGAAUAUCUGAUUUUACUGUACAUGCUGGUUCAAUACAUUUAUACGAUGGUGAGGUUUAUCGUAUGGAGUUUGCCCUAGUACAUCCUAAAUUUUCGAUGCUAAAAAUGACCUACGACAUAGCACUGGCCAAGUUGACGACACCGAUAAAUUUUGGUCCAAACAUCGGUACCAUAUGCCUGCCUAGUGUUCAGCGCCAGGAACCAAGCGGUACGAUAACAGCGGCCGGUUGGGGACGACUCAAGGCCCAUAUGGCUGCCUCGACAGUAGUCCAAAAGGUCAACCUUCCCAUAAUCAGCGAUGAAGAGUGUGCCCAUAAAUAUCAGCGAUUGGGAGUUACCAUUUGGAACUCGCAAAUGUGUACAUGGCUUAAGGGACACGACACCUGUGAGGGAGAUUCAGGCGGACCAGCAUUUCAAUUUAGUGGCGGUAGAGCCCAUCUAUUGGGAAUUGUAUCGUUUGGUAUGGAGUGCGCUGAUGCUAAUCCAGGAGUCUAUACACAAGUAUCAUAUUAUUUAGAUUGGAUUACAACAAUGUUACAUCAAUAUGGCACUAAUUAUUUAUAAUAAAAUAAUU